GGUGCCAGCGGAGCGGAGGCGCCGCCGCUCGCGCUCCGCCGCCCUUCCACCCGCAGAAGUUUGACUCGGGAGCAGCGCAGCCGCCCGGGCCGCCGCGGCGGGAGACGCCGCGCUUGAGGCCGCCGCGGGACGGGGGUCGCCUCCAGCGGGACGCCGGUGGCGGUAGUGCUGCUCCGGGAGCCGCCCCGCCGGCGACAUGGCAGCGCGAUCCCGGAGACCCUGGCUGAGCGUGGUGCUGGGGCUGGUGCUGGGUUUCACCGCCGCCUCCUGGCUCAUCGCCCCUAGAGUGGCCGAGCUCAGCGAGAAGAAGCGGCGCGGCGCCAGCCUCUGCUCCUACUACGGCCGCGCGGCGGGGCCGGGGGCGGCCCGGGGCGCGGCGGCGGCGGGCGGGCAGCAGGCGCCGCCGGGGGCAGCGGCGGUGCUGGGCGGCACGAGUUUCAGGAGCAGCCCCUGGGAGCUGCCGCCGGCGGCGGCGGAGGGCACGGUCUCCAGCCCCGCUGCCGGCGGGGAAGGGGAGCCGGAGGAGGAGGACGAAGGCGGCGAGAAGAGGAGCGGCCGGCCUGGCGGCAGCCACAACGGGAGCGGGGACUGGGGGGGCGCCCAGGGCUGUACCAAGCCCCGCAACUUUCUCUACGUGGGGGUGAUGACGGCCCAGAAGUACCUGGGCAGUCGGGCGGUGGCGGCGCAACGGACGUGGGCACCCUCGGUGCCGGGCCGCGUGGAGUUCUUCUCCAGCCAGGGCUCCGCCGCGCCCCCCGGGAUGCCCCCGCUGCCCGUCGUUGCCCUGCCAGGAGUGGACGACUCUUACCCGCCGCAAAAGAAGUCCUUCAUGAUGAUAAAGUACAUGCACGACCACUACCUGGACAAGUACGAGUGGUUCAUGCGGGCGGACGACGACGUCUACAUAAAAGGUGAAAAAUUGGAGGAGUUUCUUCGCUCACUGAACAGCAGUAAACCUCUGUAUUUGGGGCAGACUGGUCUGGGUAAUAUUGAAGAACUUGGAAAACUCGGGCUGGAGCCUGGAGAAAAUUUCUGCAUGGGAGGGCCAGGAAUGAUCUUCAGCCGGGAAGUUCUCCGUAGGAUGGUGCCACAUAUAGGUGAAUGUCUUCGAGAAAUGUACACCACUCAUGAGGAUGUGGAAGUGGGCAGGUGUGUCCGGAGGUUUGGAGGAACUCAGUGCGUUUGGUCCUAUGAG